AGGAGACUAGAGGAGAGGAAAUAAAUUCUCCUAUGGAUUGAUAACCCUACUCUACUGCUUUAACUCUGACUCAUCCCCCCUCUCCCUUCCCAUUCUCACAUUGGUGCAUUCUGCCUGUAUGCUUCCAUCACCCCGGGCACACACACACACACACAGACACGUUUAGAGAGGCAGCUCCGCCUCCUCUGCAGUGUAGCGACAGCUAGUGAGGGCAGCAAUGGAGGAGCGAGCAGUGCAGCAGGAAAAAAUAGAGGGAUCAUGGGAAGGAGGGCAUGAUGCGGGGAAGGCAGACUGGAAGAAUGAGUGCUCCCUCUCCUCCCUCCUUAAACACUCCUGUCUUCUCUGCUGGUCGUCUCCCAGGAACACCGACGUCGUGGAAACGGAUGAGAGAGUCCUCGCCAAGGCAACCGAGAUCAGAGUAAGAAGACCGCAGCACCUAGCGCUGGAGCUGGAGAAUGCAGUGGCGGUGGAGAACUUGGAGCUCCAGGAGCAGCAGUCGGACCGCAAGGAGCUGGAGGAGACUCUUGUUAAAUUAGAGACACACAAAGAAACGCUGUUGCAGCAAAUAAAGGCUACGAGACAGCUGUGCUAUGAAGAGAGUCAACAGAUCCUGUCUCUGCAGGCGGAGGAGGUGCAAAAAGAGAGCCAGGUGGAGGAGUAUGAGAGGGAACUUGCCAGAGUCAGGUGGAGGCUGAAGAGGCUCAGGGAUGAGGUGAAGCUGGCCAAGAGGAAGGUGGAGGAGGCCGGAGAGAGGGACACUCCUCUGCAAGACUCCAUCAGGCAGUCCUAUGAAGAGAUCCUGCAGGAGGAGCACACUUUGUAUUCUCUGUCAGGAGGCGCAGUCACUCCAGAAAGCCAGCUGGAGGAGUCAGCAUCUCCUGCAGACACCACUGAAGAUGACCCGCUGCCUAUGAGGCCUUGGGGAAGGAGCCAAUCACUGCCUGCCUAUGCUGACCUUAUAAUGAGGGCCAGUGGCUCGUCUUUCUGCAAUAACCUAGCCAAUACCAGAGAAGAAGCAGACGACAGUGGGACCAGCUCCCCAAAGAUGGAUAGAUCUGACAUAGAGGAUGACCUAGAGGAGGGAGCGAUCAACAAUGAAGGGGAAAAAGAGAGAGAGAUGGAAGAGUCCACUGUGAACCCAAACCCUCUCAGCCAACUGGACUUCUACCAGGCCGAUCCCUUCGCCCACUGUCAGAGUGACCACGACCUCUUCAAUGAAGACCUGUUCCCUAAAACUGACUCAUCCGGUGGAUUCGCUUCGGACCCUUUCAAAGGCAGUGACCCCUUUGCAGCAGAUAUUUUGUUCCCAGAUGCGAACAUAGGCACUGAUGAUGGGGCAGGAAAUGUUGGUGAUGAGGCAGACACUAGUCUGUCCUGUGCUGAAAACAAAGCCUCAACAGGAACUCAGUGCUUUGAAUCUGAGUUCCCAGAUGAAGACAGCGACAUAGAAAUAAGCUACAGCCGAGAGGACCUGGACGCCAUCGCUGUAGUUGACGAUUCUUGCGGAUUUAAACCCAUUCAGAGCUCGUCAGAAGAGCUAGGGCCGGAGCCCAUCCAGGGUUGGAGGUCCCACGGUCAGUAUUCUAUAGAAUCGGACCCUAAUGGGUAUGAGCUGGACCUUGGCACCGUCUCCCCUCCCUCUGACAUAGAAGAACAGAGUCUGGGAUCUCUAGCUGGAGGGGCUACCACCGAGGCAACAGCAGGACUGGAACAAGGUCUGGGUUCUGGUUCAGCUCCGGCUGUUCCUGAGCUUGACAAAGAAGUCCUGAUGAAACCAAAUUGGGCAGGCGACAUAGAGCAAACUGUUUCCUGUUAUGUUACCUCCAGUCAGGGGGCCGAGUCGGUUGGCAACAUCGAAGAAGAACCCCAAAACCCUGUAACUCCCCAAAACUCACUAGACUCCCAAAACCUCUUCAUCCAGCCCGACACAGAUCACAACAGAGAGCUUAGUUUUGAGUUGAGCUAUGAACAAACCAGUCAGUCUUCCUUUGACCCAUAUGGCUUUAAACUCAGUCCAGAACAUUCAAGUCACACCCUCUUAGACCCUGAUGAAGUUGAACUGAGCCCAGAACCUUCUGAAAACGAUCUCAACUUUGACCCUGAGCCUUCCUCUUCUCAAUCAGACCAACUAAACAUUGAUUGCUAUGGGUUUGACAUCACUUCCUCCCAAAUGGUACGGGACUCUGACCCUUAUGGCUUUAAGCUCAGUCCUGAGGAAGAGAACCAAGAGGUACUUGACCUCUGUGGCCAUGACAACCAGGAGGCAAUGGACCUUUGCACCUAUGACAAUAACGAGCAAAUAGAACCCUGUUACUAUAGCAACCAGGAAGUACUAGAACCGCAUACCUAUGAAAACCAAGAAGUGCUUGAACAUUGUAGCCACAAUAACGAGGGACUGCUGGAUUUAUGUAACAAUGGAAACCAAGAAUUGCUGGAACCUUCUAGUCUUGACAACGCAGGGUUGGUUAGCAAUGAAAACCAGGAAUUCCUGGAUCUCUGUAGUCAUGACAACCAGGAGGUGGUGGAACCCCAUUGCAAUAUAACCAGCGAAGAACUACUUGAGCCUUGUAACUAUGAUAACCAAGAAGUGCUGGAACCUUGUCGCCAUGGCAAUAGAGAACUGCUGGAUUUCUCCAGUCCUGAAAAUCUGGAAGUCCUGGAUUCAGAUAGCCAUGGCGACCAAGACUUAGUGGAUUUUGGUAGCAAAGAAAAUCUGGAAGUCCUGGAUUCAGAUAGCCAUGGCGACCAAGACUUACUGGAUUUUGGUAGCAAAGAAAAUGAAGAAGUGCUAGUUUCAGGUAGCCACGGCAACCAGGAACUCCUUGAUCUCGGAAGCAAUGAAAAUCAGGAAUUGCUAGACUUAGGUAGCCAUGACAACCAGGAGGUGCUGGAUUUGUUGAGUAAGGACGUUUUCCCUGAAGCGAACAAUAACCAAUGCAUAGUGGAACCAGAGCUUGAUGUCAGUUCCACCACCAACAGCUCAGACAGUGAUGUGGCAUCAGAAGACCUGCUGGGACUCGAACUCAGUUACUCCAGUAUCUGCACUACCAACCAAACUAACACCAAUACUGCCGACACCCCCAACAUGGCCGUCAGCAACAUGUCUGCCAACCAGGACAUUGCACCAGCCAAUGCUCCCACCAGCCGCAACUUGUUAGAAGGGGAUCUGGGCUCCGUGUUUGGAGCCGGAGGAUACAUCGGUUGUCCUGAUGUAGCUGACGACCUCGAGCCUCUGGAGCGAAGGCCGGCAAACCCAGUAGCAGAGCCUGUACGACCAGUCAGACCAGUUAGGCCUCCUCGGCCCUCGCUCAUGGCCAAGGAGAAGGCUCAGUCCCAGACUCAGGGCGUCGACCUGAAGUGAUCUCUCACCAACCAACACUCAUGUGGGGGUUACCAUGUCAGCAGGGUUCCCAUGACCACAACGACAACACAAGAGAUGAAGUGAAUGAGGAGAGAAGUAAGCGGACGGGUGACAAAAUGGAUACGGAGGGGCAUGGUAUGAAGGAGGGAUGAUUAAAUAGACAGGAGGGAGAGGUCAUUCUACUGUUAUAUAUAUAUUGCAAUAAUUAUUGUUUCAGAUGUGUUUUUUUACGUUUCAAAGGGACAAAUUAAAGUCAGAAUGGAAAGAUAAGAAGUAGAUUGACUGUUACCAUUAAGGAAAUCUGAUUGGCUCGUGGCUUCAGUCCACUGUGAGGGAUUUAUUUAAGUCAGGGUUGGAAACAAUAUAUGAAAAUGAACAUUCUUUGAGGCUUAUUCCUUGUGUUUUUACCCAAAAUGACGCUUGUCGAUCAAUCAUAAGGUUGAUAUUAUCUGUUAUUUAUUCACUAUAUCAGCUGCCAACUCUCUCCUGUGUCCUCCGAGUCUCUUAGUUAAGCUUCCCAUCGUUUCCGACUUUACUGUUUUGACAGAGCCUAAUUAGUCCAAAGUAAAGAUAAUCUCUCCUUUUUUUGAUUUGAGCUUAAUGUUGGAGCAUGUGUAAAUGGACUGUGUGUGACUUUGUCACAUAGAUGAGCAUGUAUAUAAGUGAUAUACUCAGAUAUUGUGGUUUCCAGAUUAUAUAGUCAAUUAGUAGUUUUAGGUCUAAGUUGGACGAGAGCUGUAUAAAGAGUUUGUUCGGGUUGUACAGUGAGUGCAUAUCUAUACCGUCAGCAUAAUAAAAUGCAGUGUUUUCAGUCAUCAGUUACUACUAGGUGCUCCUUAAAGAGUACCUUAACAGCUGAUUUAGAAGCAGUGUUUCACUGCCAUCUCUGGCUCAGAGUUUCAAGCCCCCUUUCACCUGUUUCACCUCUCAGCAUGUGGUCAGAAGUGGGCUUUGUUGCACCUGUAACCACACCUGGCAUCCCACAGUACGCCUGCACAUCACUGCCGAAAGGUGAGAUGUUAAACCACUGGAGCUCAGCAAAGACAACAUCUACAGAGGGUGUUAAAUUACUUUUUAAAGCAUUUUAGCCACUGCACUUCAUAUUUGAACAUUAUAAUCAGUAGCACUAUACAAAUGGACCAUCCCUGAAAACUUUCAGCGUUAAAUGGCCUCUACACUGCAUUUCACUACAUCAGUGUCCCAGUUCCAUAUGAUAUACUAAUACUACAAAGUAAAAACUAUGCACUAAGGUUGACUGUGCAUUUUCACAGUUAGUAUACAAGACAGAGAUUUUCCUAACUGUUUGGUACUAACAAAAAAAAAGGAUAGGUGUGAAAUUAUGUGCAGAGUGAUGUGAAACUGCAACUUUGAAAGACUUCUAUACUGCCGAUUUCAAAUAAGGACAAAAAAACAGCAAGCAAAAAAUGCAAAAAUGAUUGGAAAAUGGAUGGAAAUGGAAAUCUGUUUUCUGAGCUGCCACUGGUGUCUUCAUACCUCUGUCUGCAUUUUUCUUCACUAAUUUACGGAUGUGAAAAAACUAUUUUAUGCUGCAAUGUGGAUCAAAAUAGUCCCGUCAAAAGAACUCUCAAAACAUAAGAAACCACAACCAAGUGUCUCUGUUUUUAUCAUGUGAUGUUUUUUUCCAUUUUGUUUAGCAUGACUACCCCAAAACCCUUGUAGAUUUAGUGGUAACUAGAGCUGGUUUAUCUUUUUCUCUAAAUAUAAUAUAGGUAUCGGCAAAUACAGCAGCCGAUUAGUGUCAAAAAAGACAGAAAUGCCACGGAUAUUGUUUUAGAUAGUCAAGAAUAGUGUGUCCACCACGUAGAGCACUGACAACUUUAUUUUUACAUUGUAAAAUGUCCCACUCACUACAUAUGUGAUCCCUAUCAAAUAUGUUCAUUUAAAUUGUGCA